UGGGCAAUUCAAACAAAACUUGAUCAUUUACAUUUCAAUUGACUUCCAUCCCAACAAUUAUUAUUAACGACAUAUUAAUUAAUAAAAUAGAUAAUUGUAAAGCAAACAUGUUAAACAUUUGUUUGUUUAUUGCUAUUUUCACCAAACUUUUUGUAAGUAUAUCAGGACUCGAUGCUACUCCGGAUUGGCUUUAUUCAUCUGAUCCUGACUGUGGUCUGAGUCCAUGUCAGUUAAUUGAAUCUCGUAAUUUUAUUUGUGAACAACAUUAUGUAACAACUGACGAUGGUUAUAUAAUUAAUGUACAACGAGUAGUUAAUCCGAUUCUUAAAGCAGCUGGGAAAAAAACGAUCAAACCAGUUGUCCUGCAACAUGGUUUGUUUGGUUCCUCUGUACAUUUCUUAGUCAACUCGGCCGGAGGAUUUGCAGCUGAUUGGACAAAUGGAACAGGUUCGGUGGAUAUAACCACCGAAGGUCGUAAUUUGGCCUACUUUCUUUCUAAUUUUGGUUACGAUGUUUGGAUGCCCAAUUCGAGAGGCAACAAGUUUUCCAGAAACCAUACCAAUCUUAACCCAAAAAAAGAUCCAAGUUUCUGGAGAAUCUCUUUUGAUGAAAUGAUCGCCUAUGAUUCGCCAGCAGUGAUUGAUUACAUCUUGCAGAAAACUGGAUUUGAAAAUCUCGCCUGGGUUGGACAUUCACAAGGCACUUUACUCAUUUUUGGACUGUUAUCUGAAAAACCUGAAUAUGCAGACAAGAUUAAACCAUUUAUUGCAAUGGCUCCAAUAGCUCAUGUUACUCACAUAACAUCACCAAUCCGUUAUUUAACGGAAAUUCCUGGUUUAAUGGACUUUUUUUAUGUUGCUGGAGGGGAAUUGACUGCACCACAGGUUUUACUUGACCUCAUGGCUGAACAAGUAUGUGGUCAACAGGUUGUCCAACCAGCCUGUGGAAAUCUUCUUUUCCUCGUUUGUGGUUAUGAUGCCGAGCAAUUCAACUUCACCCGAGUUCCAGUCUAUUAUUCGCAAGGUUUGGGAGGAACAUCUGCCUGGAAUCUUUUACAUUUUGGACAGAAUAUUGUCAACAAAGGAUUCCUUAAAUUUGAUUAUGGUGCGCUGAUCAACUAUCAAAGAUAUGGAACUUUUGAACCACCAGCUUACGAUCUUGGUGCCAUUACAUCUCAAAAUAUAAUACUUAUGGGAUCAGCCAACGAUGUCUUUGCCGAUCCUACUGAUGUUGAAACUUUAAGGAAAUCUUUGAAAGUUCCUUUCACUGAAUAUCGAAUUGCUGACCAACAAUUUAGCCAUCUAGAUUUUAUCUGGGCAAAGAAUGUUGUCGAUCAAGUUCACAAACCAAUGUUGGAUAUGCUCAAGAAGUUCCAGUAAUUUACCUUUGUUGAUUGAUUUGUUAUCCAUUUUUGACGUUAUCCUUUUACAUGGAUAAAUAUUUAUCCAACAAUCUCAAUUAUUUAGUUUUUGUUUUUGUCUAUUUUGAUUCCUAGAAUCACUAUUUUGUGCAUGAAUAAUCCAUCAAAGAUAAAAUUGUUAAACAAUUUGAGCUAUAAUAUUGUAAAAAUCUAUCUAAAUUAAUAUCUUCUAAGAUAAUCUGUUGUCAUCAUUAACAGACUCAAUUAUUAUGUUGACCUGAAUUAUAUCUUUGAUAUCGUUAAAUCACAUCAAUCUAUACAUACAAUAUAUAAAUAAAUGUAUCAAAUUUUUGCAUCAAA